CCGGUUUGUCGCCACAAAGCCGGGAUGGCCGUGUGCUGAUGCGGACUGUGGGCUUAGUGCCGCCGUCGUCCCGCCGUGCCUUCGUGAGUCCUGACGGGCCGAGAGCCGCCGCCAUGGCCGCAGCGUCGCCCCGCUGCACAUCUGUCAGACUCCCCGCUCUCGCCGCUGUGGUCCUGCUCCUCAUGUCGGCGACCACCGUGCAGUCCUCUCAAGGCGACAAGGAGCCGGUUUACCGAGACUGUGUGAAGCAGUGCGUCCGGACUAACUGCACCGGAGCCCGGCUACGCGGCUUCCAGUCCGCCCAGCCGCAGUACAUGGCGCUGACAGGUUGGACCUGCCGGGAUGACUGUCGCUAUCAGUGCAUGUGGACCACUGUGGGCCUUUACCAGGCUGAGGGCUACAGAGUCCCUCAGUUCCACGGCAAGUGGCCGUUUGCGCGCUUCCUGUGUUUCGAGGAGCCGGCGUCUGCGCUGGCCUCUCUGCUUAAUGGCCUGGCCUGCCUUCUCAUGCUGCUGCGCUAUCGGAGCACGGUGCCACGCCAGAGCCCCAUGUACCACACCAUCAACGCCUUCUCUCUGGUGUCUCUCAAUGCCUGGUUCUGGUCCACGGUGUUUCACACCCGGGACACCUAUCUCACUGAGAAAAUGGACUAUUUCUGUGCAACAGCCGUCAUUCUUUACUCAAUCUACCUGUGUUGUGUCAGGACUUUGGGUCUGAGGCGACCUGGGGUGUCCAGCAUGGUGGGAGUCCUGCUCAUCUUGGCCUUUACCUCUCACGUGUCAUACUUGACCUUCGUCAGUUUUGACUACGGCUACAACAUGGCUGCCAACGCAACCAUCGGCAUGGUGAACCUCCUGUGGUGGCUGUGUUGGUGCUGGCAGAACCGGCGGACUCUACCGUACUGGUGGAAGUGUGGCCUGGUGGUGCUGCUGCUUCACGGUCUGGCUCUGCUGGAGCUGCUGGACUUCCCUCCGCUGCUCUGGAUCUUAGACGCUCACGCUGUCUGGCACCUCAGCACCAUCCCAGUGCACUUCCUUUUCUACAGUUUCCUGAUAGACGACAGCCUCUACUUACUAAACACAGAGAAGAUGGGUGUGAAAGUGGAGUAGGAGGAGCUCAUCGCCUCUUCACCACGCCUACACCCGCGCACCUCUCCGAUCAGGGCAGCCGGACACCCGAAACACGGAAGUAGCUCAGCCUCCCAGAUGACAUGCAUGACACCACUAUGACUUCCAUCAGAGUAGACUUUGUUUACAUUUUUCGUUUUUUUAAAAAUUUUGUUGUAUUUAUUUGAGGGUAAUUUCUCUCUUUAAAAAAAAAAAGAAGAAUUGUCAUGAUUGAUGCUUGCUCUACUUUGCCUUGUACCGACUUACGUGUGUGCUACCGUUCAGUUGCUAUUCAUCACAAACAGCAGGACAAGAUGAAGGAACAAACGUUUUGCUUUCUACCCGGUUUUCCACCUCGCGAUUGGAUUCGCGUCCCGUUUCUUGAGUCUUGUGCACACCUGAAAUCGAUUUCCCCCGAAACCCACACUUUUGACUUUUUUCUCGCCAGCCUCUUGGACGUCCCAACAAGACUUUAGCUGUGCACAAAUGGCACUUUGCUGUGGCUGACAAUAGAUGGCACCAAAUCCUUGGCCUGGGCCAUCACAACAUGCUCGGUCGCGGUUCAACAUGUGUCGUCUGUGCCAAAAGUGGACUGGCAGAGACAGAGAGGUGCCCCUUGUGAAGAGGCCUGCCAGCUGAUUGUUCUAGAGAGAGGGGGAAGGGGUUCAUGUUGGAGGCCGUUCUAGCUGACUGUGUUUUUUCUCCUCUCUUUUCUCACUAUCAUCACACCUUUAUUUUUGUGCCUCCCUUGUUUCCACCGCUGCUUUUGUUGGCGGCUCUUCGUUAUCAUUCUGUUUUUUUCUUCUUAAUUUUCAUCUCAAUCAUCUGCCUUAGUUGUUUUUAUUUCUGUUGUUGGAACAAUUUUGUGCUUUAUUCUGUUUGGUUACUUGAUUUUGAACUUUGGUGGGAUAUGCCUGAUGAUCAUACAAGUUUAAUCACCUGGAUUGCCUUUUAGUGUAAGAAGUGACUGAGGUAGGGAGAAUAAGCAAUGCAACAGGAAGAUGCAGCAGUCAGGGUGUCGUUUUUUUUGUUUUGUUUUUUUUUGUUUUUACAUCAGGGGAUUCUAAUAAAUUCUGGGGUUACAUUAGGUAGUGUGAGUGAGGGAGUGAGUGUUCAUGUGUUUGUUUUAUUAUUUUUAGAUUUUGGUUGCAUUUCUUGCUGCAGUAUUCCCCCAAAACUCACACAC